AUGGAUCAAGUCAAAAAAACUACCGCCAACAACACUCCUCAGCUUACGUUUGACAUCCAGUUUGUUUCAGCCUUUGGACUUACGGUUUUCUGCAAUACUUCUAAGAAAGAACCAAUGGGCUCAACUAGCUUUCAAGAAACUACACCACCGACCCUCAGUGAUCUUUCAUCCAACCAAAUACUCAAGUUGGACAGGCACUGGAACCUAAGGCCCUGGCUCGCGCACAACAUCGAGGAUUCAGUCAAGGAGAUACUUCUUACUAUUUCCAAUCCAAUAUUUGAUAACUUAGAGAGGAUGAUGGUGUGGGAACUCAAUGUCUAUGACUGUUUCAAGGAAGCCAAUGCUUUUGAUCCUAUCCGAACCAAAUCAGUCUUGAACAAAUGGUUUCCCCAGCAAGGGGAUUGGGAGCUCUUCUUUCCUACCAUGGAUCUACUAAAAUCAACAAGCCGUUUUUUCAGCGAUGACGAUACACCAAUCACUUUUCUGGGGUUUACUCUUGAAGAUGCCCAAGCGCUUUUGCAACUCGAUUACCAACCUCCAGCUUCAUACAGCUCCUCAGGCUCCGGUCAAUGGGAUAUCCGUAAGAAGGAACUCGCAAAGCAUCUGGUCACAAUGAUGGAUGAGAUGAGGAAGGCACAAGGCUACUCCUCGAUGAUCCUCGAUGCCCACUUUGAGAGUUUGGACCUUGCUGAUGAAGGUACCGAAGCCUCCGAACCACACCUCAACCAAUGA